AGAAGCCCGUGCCUUACUGCUGUGCGCGUAGAAAGCUGCAAGGCGAGCGCACAUCCAGAUUCGGAUUGCCGACACUCGUACUCGGCUGUGUUGCACGGACGGACAUACUCGGCGCAGGAAUCCACGGCGAUGAGACAACAAACUGCAAAAGAUGGCAGCUGCUUGUCAGUACAAAAAUGAUCAGGGUCGACGUGUCCGGGAGCGAGAUGAUUACGAGGCGAUAGAUGUGGAGUGCUAGUGCUACCACGCAGCACUCUAUUAAUUGCUUGCAUUCGCGCCCUGUCGUCAUUUCUGAAAAUCCCGUCCACCCCGUCCUGUCAGGAUGGCAACGAUAACCUUCUUCCUCGCAAUCCUCCUUGUGUUGGGAACGGCCAUAUCGGCUGGCCGUGGGCAAGCUAAUGAAGGUUUGCAAGCAUUGUGCCAGUCAGCUGGAACAUGCUCCGAGUGCUAUGUCAAGCAUCUGGAAUGUCAGUGGUGUGCAGACGAGACUGCGGCCUGGAGGCAGAGACGCCGUUGCCAGCAUACCUUUUCAGAAGAGAAUCAGUGUGCACUGAUACUGAACGCUUCCAGCACCCUCCGAAUUACACAAAACUUACCAUUCAGUGCAUCUGUGCAGGUGCGGCCACAGCGAUUCUCCACACAGUUGCGUACAGAUGGCAGCGUAACCAUGGAGAUCUCCAUCAGUCCAGCACGCGACUACCCCUUGGAUCUGUACUAUCUGAUGGAUCAUUCAUACUCCAUGCGUUAUCAUCUUGACGCCAUGAAGUUGCUGUCAUCUGCAAUUGUGGAGAGCUUGAAUAACCUUACGCGUAACUAUCACAUCGGUUACGGGUCGUUUGUCGACAAGGUGGCCGCUCCAGCAACUCGAAUGGGCCCGGAUGACCAAACUGUUCUGAACCAGUGUCCUGAUUGCAAAAAGCCCUAUUUGCUCCAUCAUGCCGUGGCGCUGACGGGAAAUGGUUCAAAGUUUGUGGCCGCCAUCAGUGACGAUGUAGUAUCCGGCAAUUUCGACUACCCGGAGGGAAUGUUGGAUGCAAUGGUACAAGUAGCUGUAUGCCGGGAGCAAGUUGGCUGGAGGAAGGACUCCCGGAGAUUGCUACUUGUUGCAUCCAAUGACGUGUCCAAAGUUUCUGGUCGAGGACGGAUCCAGUUUGGUCUGACCAAGCCUAACAGUGGCUCUUGUCACUUGGACAGCGAUGGUGUCUACCUUGGUCUGGAGACUGACUAUCCAUCAAUCAGCUUUUCCCAUCAUAUUUUGAAGACGGAAAACAUCUUGCCAGUUAUCUUUUCUGCAAACAGUUCUGUUCUGGUGACAGGGUGGUACCAAACAUUGGUUAAGAUGUUGCCAGAUCUAAAGCCUCGUAUAACUACCCUGGAAGGUCCCAAUGUCCUUGAACUCAUUGAAGGAGAAGUGAAGAGGCUGGUCAGUACUGCUCAGGUAGUAGCCUUUCAACAACCUGGUAUUGGAGUACAGGUUUCAGCUACUUGCCCAGACGAGGGGAUACCAACUAUCGACCCAGUCACAGGCUUCGGCUACUGCACCAAUAUGGACUUUGGAAAGACGGCCAGAUACUCGGUCACCGUGACACCCACUCACUGUCACCUCCUGCGUAGCACCAAACCACUAGUCAUUCGCAUACUUGGGUAUGGUGAGGUGACUGUGGACGUUGAUGGAAUUUGUCAGUGUGCAUGCGAAACAAACAGGACUAAAAAUUCCAUAUUUUGCUCCGGCAAUGGUGACAGUGUCUGCGGUGCUUGUCAUUGCUACUCGGGCUUUGCAAGCUCCGAUGAGUUGAAUCCCACAUGUGACUGCAACCUCCUGGACACAAGCAAGUGCAUGGCUCCUGGCAACAUGUCAAGAUUCAAUGAUGAUGUGUGCAGUGGACGAGGUGACUGUAUCUGUCAGAACUGUGUGUGUCGCCAGCCGGAUAACACUCCGAUUAACGAGCCUGUGUACAGUGGACAGUACUGCGAGUGUGACAACAGACACUGUCCAGUGUCCGCAACCGGAGCAGUUUGUGGAGGAAACCAGCAAGGUGUGUGUGCUUGUGGACAGUGUGUGUGCAAACCUGGCUUCACUGGCACGAACUGUGACUGCUCUCUAUCAUCCAAUAUCUGUCAGCCAACACCCGGGGGUGAAAUCUGCAGCGGUGCUGGAAGUUGUGUGUGCGGAGAAUGCCAAUGUGAUGCAGGAUUUCGAGGCGAUCAAUGUCAACAUUGCUCCAAUGACCUUGCACUGUGUGAACAAGCAUCCCAGUGCCUGAACUGUACUGAAGACAUGCAAGGCGAGUGUCUCCCUGGUUGCCCUGGACACAAUCUUGAAUUCAGUUUGGAGGAAAACCCCUCUGUCGAUGGCAUGCGGAUGCUACAAUGCGCCUCACCUGUUCCACUGCAGCUCACCCCCGAGUGUUCUACAGCACUCUUCUAUGUUGCACUGAACGCCAGCAGGGUAAAUCGAUGCAUCCCAGAUCUCAUGCCUUUCGUUGUGAAACCUUGCCGAGAACCCAAGCCUGUGAAUUAUGUGGCGGUUUCGUCCUCCGUUUCUGGCGUCCUGUUCAUUAUCGCAUUGAGCGUAGGCAUCGGUAUAAAGCUCUACAUCCGAUACUUGGAUCGUAGAGAAUACAGGAGAUUCCAGAAGGAACUGGACAGAAACAGAGGAAAGGCAACGCAUCUGAACCCGAUUUUCAAGAGUGCAAACACUACUAUAGUCAACCCCACCUUCGGGCGUAGCGACUCUGGUGAAGGUGAUGACGCUCUAGAUAUUAGUGAUUUCUCGCAAAGCGGCAGUGCAAGAGUUAGCCCAGCCAGCAGUGGUAAUGUUUUCGAUGCCGGUGCCACUGCUUCAGAGAGAUGUAGUGCUACAAGUAACCCAACAGUCAUUCCCAAUGUGACCAAUGUGAAAGUGCGAACCACACUGCGCUCUGGACAGACUGCUGAUGAGGACGUAGAUGAUGUCCUCGAGAACUUUGCCUGAUCAUUGCCAGGAGCUUGUCACAAAGCACUUGUACAUACGUAUAUACAUGGCUGUAUCCAAUUCUAUAAACCCUUAUGGCCUCGCUCCUCUAUCCACCUGUCUUGCAUUCGCCCUAUUCUUCAGUAUGCUUGCACUGUCCUCUCACCCCUCCCCGCAACACUCAAUGAGCGGUUUGAGCGCAUCCAGCGCAUGCCACUCGUCUGUGUCUGCAUCUCCCCUCUCUUUUGAACACAGAGCCCACUCUGUGCUGCUGCUGCACCGGCUCAAGUCGCUGUAAUAUCUGCCGUAUUUUUCUUGUACCAUAGCUGUGCAGCACCACACCACACCAAUCCAGCUGCCCCGAAUCCAAUCCAUUCACCCCAAUCCAUCCGCAUGCUCAGGUUCUGUCAAACCUUGGAGCUACCCACAACACGCACACCCGCUGUAAUCUCUGCCGUAAUUGCACCAUAGCUAUGUAGCACCACACCAAUACGACCCCAAUCCAUUCACUCCAAUCCAUUCGCACGCUCAGGUUCCGUCAAACCUUGGAGCUACCCACAACACACACCGGCUAGGAGACUCGUCCAUCUAUGUUUCCCUUGAGCAUACUCAAGAACUUGAAGUAUCUAUAGCCCCAAUACGCCACUUCACUUUUCUGUGUGAUAUAAUUAUACUCUUCCUUAGCAUAGUUACUGCUUUAGCACUUUAUCUCUUUAGCCGUUCCUGUGUUUCUUCUCUUAUUGGCCACAGGCCAUUGUGAGAAAAGAUGUUGUGAUG